AUGUUGUCAGUCUAUAUCGUUCCAGUGUUACUCUCUAUCUUAUGCAUAAGCCAAGUUUACUCGGCUGACUCAAAGUUUCCUGGUUACAGCCAUCAAAUACUUGAGAUUGAUUUCAAUACUUUGAGAGGAUUGCUUGCCGAAGAAAAGCUUGGUGACAAUGUGAAACGAUCAUCAUCAGUUAAUCCUGGUUCAGCUGCUUUAUUGCCUGGAAAUACUGGUAGCCAAAGUCCUAUCUCUUUACCUUCCAACAACCAAUACUCCUCGCUUCCAAUCCCAAUGUACCUUCGUAACCCCAGUCCAGUUAAGAAGCCAUCUUGUGAAAACUCUCAGAAGGUUCUCAGAACUCCUUUAGCUGCUGCCUCGUCUGCUGUAUCUGCAACUCAUUAUGGACUUUCAUCUGCUUCAGUAUCACCUGUACCAUCAGCAGGACAACAAAGUGAAAUAGCUAGAAAUCGUUAUUCAACUUUAACUCGUACUUAUGCCGAUUCUGCCGUUAAACCUGUCUCAAAUCAAACCUUGUCAUCACAAGCAUCAGUUCCCGUCGAAUAUGCAAAAUCUGCUGAAAUUCAUUCUGCAGAAACUGCAUCCAAUGGUGCUUCUACUGUCCUCGCUCAAGCUGGUUACGCUGCUGUUAGUCCUAACUCUCAUCUUGCCAUUGCUGCUCCAACAAGUGCAUCUGGUUAUGAUUCAGGAAAUAUGCAAGCUUUGGGUCAAGGUGCUUCAGUUGCUAAAUUACCAGGAUUGAAACCUCUUGCAAUUGAGGAAAAUCAAAAGGCCGCUUUCCAAGAUUUCACCGGAGCUUUGGAGAAUCACGAAUUUAAACCAUUGACUAAUCAAGAUGUUUACAAUUUACCAGUCGUCAGUCAUUCAGCUUUAACUGGUGGUGCAGUCUCAGCGCCUCAAUCUCAAGGAGCUUAUAAAAGUUACUCAAAUCAAGGCAACAACAAUUAUGGCGCCAGUCCCAACCAAGGUUACAUGAAGCAAUAUAAUGGAUACUCAGAAGCUGCAGCUCCACCAAGUUAUAACGAAGCUCCAGCAAUGAGCUCUUCAUACGGUGGUUUAAGCGACUCUCAAUCUUAUGGUGGUCAAUAUUAUGGUGGAGCCAAUUCAGCACCAUCAUAUGGUGUCUCUUCCAACGGACCCAAUACUCAAUCAUAUGGAGGAGCACAAAAUGUUGGACAAUAUUAUAAUAAUGCUCAAAGUGGAGUCGGUCAAUCAUACGGUUAUCCAUCUGGAAGCUAUGAAAGCUCUGAUAGCCAAGGUUGGAAUAGUCCUCUUCGAGCUUUUAUUAAGUAA